CAAGCGUCUAUGCGACUGUGGUCACUUGACAAGCCGGGUCAAGUAAACAAAUCAAACUAUGGCAAUAAACGACAAUAUAGAAGAAUGUCCAACAUUCCGGAUGCUGCUACGAGACACAAUUCAUAGUUAUGUGUUCUGGUGUCUGUUUCAAGGGUUAGCCCCAAUGAUUUGGUUCUACCCCCUAAAUGAGCUUGAAAUAUCCGGAUACGAAGUGUAUGCUGGAUUAUGGUUCAUUCACAUUAUAACUGGUAUUUCAUUCAUCAAAAGGCUUGUCGACCACUGGUUUGUGUACGCAUUUCUGCGGGGCUUGUGUGUUCUAGCGCUAGCCUCAUUCCAGGCCCCCUCCACCCUUGAACGCCUCAUAGUGCUUGCCGCAGGUAAUGGCAUUGCCACUAUCACUCUCACAGCUGCUUUGUGGAAUCCUAGCAAGGCUGUCAGGACUUCAACAUGUUGGGGUUUAUUGCUGGGGUUUCUUGCUUUUGUUGCCUCACGUGUGUGGUUUGUGACCUUCGUGCCGACUUGGUGGUCAAACACUACAAACUCUGCCGUUAUCUCUGUAGGAGCCAUAGCAGUAGUUGAUCAGUUUGCUUCACGUUUACCAUCCCCCUCCCAGAGUCCUACAAAGAAGCCAUUAGAGCGUGGCCCCUGGCUGACAACGGGGCUUGGGUUCGGGAGCCUGCUCUACCUCAUAAACUGGGUGUUUGGGGAGGUCUCUCUUGUUACUCGCUGGACAGUAAAGGGCUACCCAGACAUUGGACCAGAGCCAUUCCCUUGGGGAGUGUGCACCUUACUUGCCCUGUGUUGUGGUGCGUAUCUGUCAGGGUGCCGUCACGUAGCUAGCAGCAAGGUGUGGUGGUUUGUUGGACUUAUGGCCUUCCUCGCGCUUUUAUACCUUCCAACUUGGUCAGGAUUCUGUGGAGGUCUGUUGCUGGCUGUGUACGCCCUGUCUGUGUGGCCGGAGAUGGCAGACCGGGCAUCACGAUGUCCGCCUGCCCGUACGCUCUUCCUUGCAGUCCUCAUGUUCAUGUUCCAGAACUUCUUCCUCGUCUGGUGCACCGCGUACAACUUUGUCCCUCUCGGCGAGUACACACGGGAACACACUGAUAUACUUGUUGGAAUAAACAUGGUCUUCAUAUUUUUAGGACUUUUUGCAGGUGGCUCAACCAAGGAUGAAGGCUAUACAGCCUAUGUUACAUUCCAAAAGAAGAAUAUGCCAUUGAGUGGCAGCUUUAAUAAAUUGUUAGCUGUGAUAUUAUGCGCCGGCCUGCUGGGGUUUGGCAAUAGGUACAAUGAUCUCAGGGGAAAGUUUGACAGGCCAGUGCAGAGCUCACCAAAGCAGAUUACCACUGCCAUCUGGACAUAUCAUUUUGGUUAUGACAACAAGGGAUGGCCUAGCUUAGAAAGAACUGCUUCUCUGCUGAAUGAUACAGGUGCAGAUGUCAUAACCAUGUUGGAGAGUGAUGCCUCAAAGCCAUUUCUCGGCAACAACGACCUGGGAACCUGGCUUGGGGAGAGACUCGGACUGUAUGUCGACUUCGGGCCUUCGACCAGGGACCACACUUGGGGGAACCUGAUUUUAUCAAAAUAUCCAUUUGUUAAAUCCGCACAUCAUUUACUACCAUCCCCACAUGGAGAGUUGGCGCCGGCAGUGACGGCGACGGUGAAUGUGUCAGGAAGCCUAGUGGACUUUGUGGUCACCCAUAUGGGCAAUGACCGGGACAAGCUAGACAGGAAACUGCAGGCAGAGUUCCUGGCCAGGGAGCUUAAACAGAGUGAGAACCCAGUGGUGUUUAUGGGCUAUGUGACAUCCAAGCCCGGCAGUAAGGAAUACAACGAGCUUAUAAACCAGGGAAAUAUGAAGGAUAUAGACACUACAGACAAGAAGAGAUUCUGUGAAUACAUCAUGUACAGGGGGCUUAUCAGGCAAGGGUAUGCCCGUAUCACCCAUGGGGGACUGAGUGACACAGAGCUUCAGAUGGCGAGAUUUGAGAUCCCAGAGACAGAUGAUUACCAUGACAACACAAAGGUUACCACAGAUACUGUGAAACAUGCCUUUCCUCCACAUGUGCUGUUCAAUAGCAAGUUUGGCGAGUUGCAUCAUGGGCAUGGGUACUUCAACACUCACCGUUUCCACAUGAGCACCCCGAAAUACUUCCUGCCUUAACCAUGUGCCAUCUUCAUCAACCAUUUUAUGUUUAGCUUAAGAAAUGUAUUUAUAUAUAUAUACAGUAUAUGAGAAACAUCAUGUUUGGUUCUGACGCAAUACAUCAAGAAAUACUCGUGGGCUAUGAGCAAAAAUAUAUAUGUACAUAUUAGCAUAAGUGUAAAUUAUAACUUUAUACAUGAAGAUGAACAUUUAUGAUGUUUUAUGCUUAAAAGCAAAUGUUGUUAUGAUUUGGGUGAACAUUUAAACAAUCAGUUGACUUUAUUGAUUAAGUUAUAGAUGUUAUUGAUUAUCUACAAUAUCAAUUACUGUAUGUUGUUAUGAACAAGGUGUGUUCUCUACAUUUCAGAAAUUUAAACAUGACAAGAACAAAUGUUUGUAAGUUUUUACAAAUGCCCAGAUUGGUGGUAUACAAUUUGCUUCUUGAUCAAAUGCUACAUAAAAUAUGCUCUUUUUCUACCAUGAAUGUAGACUGCUUUGAACAUACUGUGGAACAAAACUUUUUCAAUGGAAAAUUAUUGUGUUUUUUAAAACUACACUAUCACAAAUGGACCGUUUGGACAUUUUUUUUAUUUUUUGUCUUGGAAUGGGUCAUUUUUUGUGUGUCAAACUUUGUGGAAACCAGUUAAAUAAGAAGGCUCAGUAAAGAUUAGAUUGCAGUUGUUUAUAGUUAUGGUCAAAACAUUGAUUUUUUAUGACCAAAAGGGUAACUAACUCUUUAAGAAAAUAGAAAUUUUCUAGCCUUGUUUAGAACAAUUGAGAUCUGUUGUAUUGUGAGUAAUCUUAUAUGACUGAAUUGAAGGCAUUGAUGCCAAAAUCAGCUGAUUCUGAGACACAAAAAUGUAAAAAAUAAAAAUGUCAAUCUGUGAGAGUGCAGCUUUAAUGGUAAAUUUCCAGAACAACCCUCAUACUUGACAAUCAAGGAUCAGGUUUUGUUAACAUGUUUUCCUCCCAUAAUUAUUACUAGUUAUAGUGUUCUUAACUUGAUAUAACUUUAAUAACUGCUGCCUAUUUACUUCUCCUAUUCUUAUCAAUUGUUACUCCAGUCCUACUCAUUGUUCAUUUCAUAUGUCCAAGCAUGAAUUAUACGCCUAAUAGCAUUGUUAUUAACGAUAUUUCCAUGACUUGUAGUUGUUCAUGAACAAUUGUUAUGUGCAAAUAUUAUGUGAUGUAGUAUGAAUAAGAUUUUGCUGUAUCUGACAUUUAUCUCAGGUUCUCUGACUCUGACUAAGCACACAUGUACUUGUAGUCAAAAUUAGAUCAAGCCUUGCGUGCUGUUUCAUUAAAGAUCGUAAUGCUUAAGAUUGUAACUUUUUAUGCGUUUCUCCGUUAUUGGCAAUACUGCUCUUAAAUAAAAAAUAUUGUAAGGACUUUUAUCGCAUAGAUUCUGCCUGUAACUUUACGGAUGUUCCUGAGCACUUUUGAGCAGCUUAAGUUUUACGACUACUGUAAGAUAUAAAGAUGUUUUAUUGUCAACUCCAGAAGAAAACUUGUGAAAUAACCAGACUCCCCUGGCUUUUGCAGGGAGACAAUAAACUAUGCAAGUAGGCUAAAGACAGACUAAGUCUUGUUUGAUUAGGAAAUAUAGUUAUGUUUUGUAUAUGGAGAAUGCUUUGUUUAUGAUUUGUUUCAGAACUUUUCAUGUGCAUAGAGUUUUCUUGUAUAAAUGAUGAGUGUUGUUUUAUGGUUGUCCUUUGUUGCUUACAUAUUGUUAUUUGUGUAAUAUUUCCUUUAUAUUUCUUUUCUAGUGAAUAAAUAGUGUUGUAUUUUUUAUUUUUAUUCAUAAAUUAGUGCUUGAAAUGUUAGAAGAUAUUAUAUAUGUUACAUUUUCCGAUGUAAUCAAUUGUGAUAAACUGAUGAUUAGAACAACAUAUCUUGUUUAAUAUAGUUGUAGUUUUUCAGCAGAAUAAAUUAUAACAGUCAGAAAUGUCAUAUAUUGGUAAUGUGCAUACCAUGUGCCAUAUGUGUUUUCUAUGUGUAUGUGUCACAAAUUUAAGAUGCAGGUUGUUGAUUCAGAUAUUUUCCACAUAUAAGUCAUCUAUUACAAGAAAAAAAGAAGUUUGUAUCUUUUGUAGAUUAAGUGUUGCAUAUUUUCCAAUUCGAAAUUUACUAGGUUUGUCUACCACGUAAAUCCCAGUAAGUUCAAAAAUAGUUUUGGCAUAUGUAUCUGUACUAAUCACGUAACUUUCACAUGCUAAAUAUACACACUAUGAACUUGGAAACCAUUAUACCCUAAUUUUAAACCUGUAAACCUGUGACAAGAUAUUCUUUUUAUCAUGUAAAUUGAUUUAGACAUGUAAUCAACUUAAUACUAGUUCAUAUUGAUAAUUCUGGGCUUGUUUUGAGCUUAAUACUAGUUCAUAUUGAUAAUUCUGGGCUUGUUUUGAGCUUAAUACUAGUUCGUAUUGAUAAUUCUGGGCUUGUUUUGAGCUUAAUACUAGUUCGUAUUGAUAAUUCUGGGCUUGUUUUGAGCUUAAUACUAGUUCGUAUUGAUAAUUCUGGGCUUGUUUUGAGCUUAAUACUAGUUCGUAUUGAUAAUUCUGGGCUUGUUUUGAGCUUAAUACUAGUUCGUAUUGAUAAUUCUGGGCUUGUUUUGAGCUUAAUACUAGUUCGUAUUGAUAAUUCUGGGCUUGUUUUGAGCUUAAUACUAGUUCGUAUUGAUAAUUCUGGGCUUGUUUUGAGCUUAAUACUAGUUCGUAUUGAUAAUUCUGGGCUUGUUUUGAGCUUAAUACUAGUUCGUAUUGAUAAUUCUGGGCUUGUUUUGAGCUUAAUACUAGUUCGUAUUGAUAAUUCUGGGCUUGUUUUGAGCUUAAUACUAGUUCGUAUUGAUAAUUCUAGGCUUGUUUUGAGCUUAAUACUAGUUCGUAUUGAUAAUUCUGGGCUUGUUUUGAGGAAAUACUGUAUUUGUCAAUUUUGGGACCAUCUAGUGUCAUCCCUUUAAUAUCAUCAUGUACCUCCUUAUCAUAGGAAUACUGUGUGUCCAGCAGAGUUUAAUCCAAGAAAAUCAUUAUGAUCAUGCAAGAUACACUUCUGUAUUUUUUUUACUGCUUAGGUAACAAAUGGAUGCAAUCAAAACUUGAAAUUAGUGAAGAUGUUAGAUUAUGAAAAUAGUAAUGAACAAAGAUUUGUAUACUACUGGGUAGAUUGACCUAUCACAGAACAUGUACUGUUGUCAUUUGUGAACAGUAUUGCCCUAGACAUAAAUUCAUUUUUUUUGUUACUCAAUGCACAUGUUUUUUGUGCAUUGUAGUUAGAUCUAUCAUACUUGUUUGCAGUAUGUCUGCAAUAACGGAAAAAAAAUUGUUAUAUUUUUGGAACGAAAUUAUAAGGGUGUUUUAUAAACAGUCUUUCUAUACAAUGAAUGUGUUUCUAUACAUUUGUAGCUCCAUUUUUUUAAGAAAAAAGUAGAUGUCAAAGUCAGUUUGUCAUUGUCGUCACUGGCGUCAUACAUGAACUUUUACCUUGGCCAUGACUCAAAAAAAGUUGCAAGAUAUUCAAAUGAAACUUGGUACACAUGUUGCAAGAUACAGUUUGCACAUAUAUAGCAAGGUCCAUAAUGCCUUUAUUUAUUGAUGUAAAAUAACCCUUAUUUGAUGAAAAAACAACAACUAAUGUUUGUAUUCGCAUUGCAGCACGUUUUUUUGUUUAGCAAGGCCCAUAAUGCUGUCUUUUGAUGUGAAUUGAUGUAAAAUACCCCUUAUUUGAUGGAAAAAUCCAACAACUAACAAAAAUUUGUAUUCAGAAUGUUGCACUCUGUUUUUGCUUACUAGUACUACAGAAAAAUCUGCACUUGGGGAAAACUCUGAUUUAUGUUUAUAUACAUGUACUGCAUGUUGUUUGUAUUUGAUAACUAUUUAAUAGCUUGUUUUGUAUGAAUCAAUUGUCAGCACAUUUUGUCAUAGUUUUAUCACAUAAACAGUAAUUACUGCACGUUUAGUAUUACUUAAACUAUAUGCAGUAUUAGUCACCAUUAGUUUGUACAUUGUUUUUUCUACCAAAUUACAUAGUUUUUGAUUCUUAUGAGGGGUAUGUCCCCCAAAUUUCUCUACCAUACACUUGAUUUAAGUAUUACACUUUUGAUAAUGCUUAGAAUAUCAGUGAAUCACAAUGCUAUAGGACAAACCACCAUAAGUAUGCUGUAGCAAUUAAAGAAUGUUAACAAAUAUUGAUUUCUUUUGAGUGAAUGAACAAAUUUUCAUACCAAAUGAGCAUUUCUAUUUAUAGAUUAUUUCACAUUAUUUAUGAAUAAUUUGUUAGAUAUGUAAUAAACUUUCUUAAGGUUUACCCUACUGGCUUUCUUCUCUGACAACUGUCCGCACAGAUCGUUACAGGAAUGGGGUACAUGAACCUUAGAUGGUGAAGCCAAAAAAAAAAUGGAAUAAAUAGAAAUGAGUUAUUUCACGACAUAGUUUCAAUGAUUUGAUACAUAUUUCAUACAAUGCAACAACUACCUGUCAAAAUGUUUGACAUCUGCUACAUGAUUGUACAUUUAAAAUUACCUCAAAUUAGAAUUUCAUUUUUAGCUACAUGCCACUGGCAUCGGAUUUUCAAACUUCAUCACAUUUUUUUAAGAUAAAAAAGCCCUUAUAAUUCCAAACUAAAAAUUACAAUAAAAAAUGUGAAAAAAUAUUAAAAAAAAUUCCCUUCAAAAUAUGCAUUUUGUACUGUUGUCGGACUGACUUCAAAAUUUUUGUUUUCAAUUGAACAUUUUUUUUUAUUUCACUUUGCAAACACGUUCAUUUUUUAAAUGAUUUUAAAUGAAUAUGUUGAUGAAUCACUGGUAUUUAAAAUUCAGAUGGCACUAUCAGGCUUUCAAGCGACCCCCUCUUUUCCUACUUUUUUGUAAGGCUCCUACUUUUCCCUACCUUUUCUUGAAAAAGCCCUACUAUCCCUGUGUUUUAGUAAAAAUAGUUCGAAAAAUAAUAGAAAAGUUUUAACUAAAUACAUUGAUUGAAAUAAUCACUCCACUAGACGUAUAUUUGCAAUCGCAGUGAAAUGCGAAACACCUACAUAUGGAAAAAUGGUUCAAGUAACACUCGUAUUUAAAAUCAAUACAUACACAUGUAUAACAAACAUAUUUUUUAGUGAUAAACUUUAAACUUCUUACUAAAUAAUGCAUUAAUGGAAAAUAUCAAAUACUAAUAACAAGAUUUUGAUCGUAUAUUUAGUAGCUGAAAACGCACAUAUAAUAAAUGACUGGUGUGUCCUAAAAUAUUUAGGGCGAUCAACGAUCGUCUCAAAAGGUGGUUUUCUGCACAUUUCUUUCAAAUAAAACACGAUAUCCUUCAUAAAAAGCAUUGUUUUCGAUAUUUACUCAUCCUUUUCGUUAAAUUAAAACAAUUGUUUUAAUUGUGGUACAUCUUAUUUGGGAGUAAGAGUGCAUAUUUUAAUAGUUUUCAGUUCGAAAUAUAUGUUACACUGAACACAAAACUAUGUGACAAGCGGCAAACAAUUGUAAUACUAAAUACAUUACUCAUACAGAUGAGAUGUAGAAUGUUCAAGAAGGUUGUAUGAUUUCUAAGAACAGCUAAGUACAGAUGGAAAAUGAUGACCCCUGAAAGUCAAUGUCAUUCCCGCAGUUAAACGACGUAAAACAACGAUAAUUCAUAUAAUACAUUUUAAAGACAUUUUUUAUAAAUACAAUAAAGACUGGGAAACAUGUAUAUUAUUGAAUCACUGAGCUUUUGUUAUUUCUUGAUCCACUGAGCUUUAGUUACUGAACUUUUGUUAUUUGUGUUUGAUUUCGGCUUUAUUUUCUUAACAAUCUUCGUAACUGAUGUGACUCAUUUUCUACAUUACUCAUAUAUUGUUAUUUACAUGUCAUAUAUUACAUGACCCAAAAUUUGAACUAAAAGUUAUCUUAUCUUUAUUAAAUACAGUUGUAGUAUCUGGUAUAUAUUUAGUUCAUGAUAGCAAUUGGCCUUUAUGACAGAAUAUAGCUGUAAAUGAACUCGGGGUCAGACAUCUAAAAAUAAUUUCGUGUAAUAUGUAAACAAAAUGCUUGUUUCAAUAAUAAAUCAACGUUCAAACAACA